AUGGUUGUUCUUGUACUUAUUCCAGAAGGGAACAUUAAAUCAAAGAGUAGUGCAGCAGCUAGUUGCAGCAGCGUCGGUGGGGAUACGAGGAGACGACGUCUUGUAGAUGUGCAGGAGAGUAAAGUGAGCUGCGAGGACGUGUGUCUUCUCCGGUUCUUGCAACGGAGAGACUUUUCUAGGGCUUUCUUCUAUCGCACACUUAAUUUGAAGGGACUUGGGGGUUUACAGAGAAGGCAGCGGUCUCAGCCUUUGAAGAGCAUGAAAAGAGAAAAUGAAAUUGAUGGAGGGGUUAGGGUUAACGACAAAGCUACAGAUUCUGCUGCUGCUGCUGGAGGAAGUAAGGUUCUUCCCCUCACUGAUUCAAAUCAGUCGUCCAGGGGAAAUGAUAACGAUCAACGGCCUGAGUUGGCGAAGAAUGGGAAGAAGAGAGGCGAUAAGAUGAAAGGUAUUUGCAGGGUGAAGGAAUUGUUGAGAUGGCCGGCCGGUGCAUCUGCCAAGGGUGGUGAGAAAGGGGAGAGAAAUAGUAGUGUUGCAACAAAGGUCUUCCAUUAUAAGAAUACAACCGGAUUAAAGGAGGUAGCGAUGGAGGAUCAAUUUGUCGAUGACUCUCCCAAAAUCAGCUUUAGAUUGGAUUUGGAGCGUUGCUCAACCACUUCUUCUGCCUAUUCCGCCAUUUUAAAGUCUUCCGCUGUCCAAAUAGAUAUACUAAAGUCUAUUUCUCUACACGUUCAAUCAUAUCAGCAUGCUGACAGAACAGAAACUUGGAUCAACACAGAUUCCGAGUGUAAGUAGAAUUCUAACUUUUAUUCUUAUGGGGCCCUGAAAUCAGGUCUCACAA